AUGGCCUACCCGAAAUCUUCAGUAUUAGGUUCUGAAGCAUCAUCAAAACAGGAUUUUAGCAAUCAAUCAAAUAAUUCAAAAAAACAAUCAAGUAUAUAUUUAAAUAUCGAAUUAAAUAAAUUUAAUAAUAGAGCACAAUAUUUAAAUACUCCAAUUUUAGUCAUCUAUAUAAAAAAAAUAAUAGGUGCUGCUGCAGGUGGUGCUACUGUGGGUGGCACAGGUGGAAAAGGUGGUACAGGUGGCACAUCAACAAGUGGAUCAACCAGCAUAUCAACAGGUAUAAUAGCAGGUAACUCUUCAAGAGGUUCAUCAGAUAGCAGAUCAUCAUCAGCUAGUGGUUCAUCAGAUAGCAGUUCAUCAGAUAGCAUUCAAGAUAAAUUCAAUAAACAAUUUUUCAACACUGGUCAUGAUACUUCAGUUGGUAUAUCAGAAGUUUCACUGAGUUCUCGUACUGAUAUAGGUGAUCCAUCAGCAUUGGUUUCUAAGCAAACUGAUGAAUGCGAAGAGAAAGCAGAACAAAUAAAUCCAUUAAAAGCGGUAGCAUCAAACUCAUCAAAAAUCUAA